AUGGAAAAAGCCAUGACGUAUGCACAUUGCGCGUUGCUCGUGACGCUCGCGCUACUCGCCGCCUGCGCUGCAGCAGCGCAAGCCACCUCCAGUCCUACUGUCCCGUGUCUCGUGUCGCAGUAUCUAGACACGAAAAACACGCCAAACACGUGCGUCGAUUAUGCCAAUCAGGGCGUUAAGGCCACGACGGACUUUGGCACGGCGAUCGAUUCGGGCAACACGGCGUGGAUGCUCACAGCCAGUGCGCUCGUGAUGAUCAUGACUCCGGGUGUUGCCUUUUUCUACGCGGGUCUUGCCGGGGAAGACAUGGCGUCGAAUACGAUGAUGAUGUCGUUCGUAUCCAUUGCACUCGUGUCGAUCCAGUUUUGGGCUUUUGGGUACUCGGCGGCUUUCAGCUCAAACGGCAUCUUUGGCUGGGCAGCUUUCAACGGUGUCCAGCAGUACCCAAGCGGCACGUACGGCACGGGCAUUCCGCACAUUUUAUUUGCUUUUUACCAAACGCAAUUUGCAAGCAUCACACCCGCUCUCUUAAGUGGAGGCAUUGUCGGGCGCAUGAAAUUUGGAUCCUAUCUGCUCUUUAUUCUACUCUGGACGUCACUGGUUUACGACCCAUUAGCACGCUGGAUGUGGUCAUUGCAGCUCGAUAGUUCGUGGACGGUCACGGCUAUGGGAUGGGAGGCGAAAAUGGGAUCGCUCGACUUUGCUGGUGGUACGGUGAUUCACGUUUCCAGUGGAUUCGGAGCACUCGCCGCUGCGUUGAUGGUCGGAAAGCGAUACAACCAUGAUGAACCUGUGAAGCCACAUAAUGUGCCGCUGGUGAUGAUUGGCGCGACAUUGCUGUGGUUUGGCUGGUUUGGCUUCAAUGCUGGGUCGCAGGGUGCUGCGGAUGGCAUCGCUGCUACUGCUGCUAUCAACACACACCUUGCUUCGAGUGCAGGCUUCUUGACGUGGGUAGGCCUUGAGUUUGCCAUGUACAAGAAGUUUGACCCGUGUGGAGCUGCGAGUGGUGCCAUUUCGGGACUUGUGUCGAUAACGCCUGGUUGUGGGUGUGUCUACCCAUGGGCGUCAGUGAUAUUCGGGGCGGUAGGCGCUGCAACGGGGUUUGGAGCCAUUCAGAUGAAGAAGUACCUGCGGUACGAUGACACCCUGGACUCGUUUGCCAUUCACGGCUGCGGCGGUGCUAUGGGCGGUCUCCUGACUGGUCUUUUUGCAACAUCGGAUGUAAAUCCGAACAUCGAUGGCGGUGCCUUCUACGGCCAUGGCAUGCAGUUUGUGCACCAGCUUGUCUCGCAGUGUGUAGCUGCGGCUUACUCGUUCGUGGUGACGAUUAUCAUUCUUUUUGUGCUAAAAGUGACGGUCGGACUUCGUCUGGACGAUGAGAAGGAGGUCAAUGGCAUUGACGUUUCGUACCACGGUGGACUCGCUUAUGACUACAGCGCUCAAGAUCAUACUGGCCCGACUGUGAAGGCUGCGAACCCGCCGUCGAGCGAUUUUGCUAACAUGAUGACACCGAGUGUUGUUCAGGAGACUGCACAGAAGUAA